UUGUUAGUCGACUUUCACUGCCGGGGUCACUUCCUGUUGUCUGUCGUGUUGGAGAAGCUCACAGCUAAGCUAAUGGCUGAGUUAGACAUCGGAAAGCACUGUCAAAUAGAUUCUUGUCACCAACAAGAUUUCCUUCCAUUUGUUUGUGAUUCCUGCAAUGGAGUCUACUGCCUCGAACACAGAAGCAGAGAGGCUCAUUCAUGCUCACAGGAGCCUGUGAGGAGGAACCCCCAACCUAUGGGCGGCAGCACAAGUCAUCUAUGCUCCUUCGAAGGCUGCAAGGGGAAAGAACUGCUGCCUGUCAUCUGUCCGCAGUGUGAGAAGUGCUUCUGUUUGGUCCACCGUCAUCAAGAUGAUCACAAGUGUGAGAAGCUGGAGGUCCAAAAGCCACGCAUGGAAGCCACCAAGGAGCUGGUGCAAAGGAUUGUGGAGUCAAAGGAGGGUUCCAAAAUCAAAGGGCGUAAAGGGGCGAAGAACAGCGCCACGGCAGCCAAGGUAGCGCUGAUGAAACUGAAGCUUCAUGCUGCAGGAGACAAAGGUUUACCUCAGGCAGAAAGAACCUAUUUUCAAGUGUAUCUUCCAAAAGGGUGUCCGGCAACCAGUCAGCCCAUGUUCUUUUGCUCCAAAUGGAGCGUGGGCAAGGUGGUGGAUUCCGCGGCCUCACUCGCUUCCCUCAAGAACAACAACAAUGUGCUUGCAGCCAAGAAGUUGCGCCUCUGCCAUCCCGAGACAGGGAAGUCUUUGCGUAUGGACGACAGCCUGCACACACUUCUGACCAGCCCGGAAGACCCCUUGCACAACGGAGGUAAUGUGAUCCUUGAGUACCUGGACAACGACAGCACGGGUGUGGAGGAUGUUUCAAACUAUAUUACUCUCAGAUGACUGUUCAGGACACAAUAAAAUGUACGUUUGAAUAUGAA